GCUAUGCCUCUCUGAGCUGGCUUUCUCCUCCCGGCUGCAGCUUUUACGCCCCGGCAGGAGAGAAAGUGGUGGACGGACUCUCGGAUUGGGAAGCAGCUGGACUAGCCACCUGGCAUGGAGUCCGCAGAGCGUGAGGCCGGGCCUCUCCUCCCACCGAUCAGUGGCACCACCGCGGUACCCGCCUCAGCCCCCUUUGUCCCCCCAUGGAGGCCCCGAUCAGCUCGAACGGCGCCGCCGCCGCCUGCUGUAGGCAGAAUAAAGUGGGAUCCUUAUGAAACGACAAUGAAACACGAUUUUGUCUUUAAACCUGCAACAGACCCUGAUGCAGAUUGUUCCAGAGCAAGCAAAGGAUGUGUCAUUCCCUUUCAAAUAGAUGAACCUACUGGAAGGAAUAUCUACAGAGAUGAGUACUGUUGGAAGCCUUAUUCCAAGGCAGAACCGAUACGAAGUGGCUCUGCAUCAGGAAUAAGGAGAAACAAUCCUCAGCCCGGGGAACGUUUCCUGAUUUGGCAAAUGCCCCGGGAGGAAACACCAUUAUCUACAGAAAGCUUUUCACCUUGGACAAAACCUAUUACUAAAAAAGAGAUUGAGGAAGUAUUAAAAAAGCAGUAUAAAACAGCAUACGCGAGAGAUUAUUUAGGGAUACAACCAGGUGCUGCAAAAGAGGGUGCUCCUGCUCCUCCAGACUGGAAAGUGUUAGUCCCAAAGCCACCAGACACUGAAUUCAGGCGUCAUUACCAGCCCCAACCCCAUGCUCCUGACUUACAGGACUAUACUUGGAAAUAUGGAUGUAACGCGAAGCGCCAUAUUCCAGUGAAAGGCGCUGUUCCUUCAGUAACAUUUGCUCAAAUCUGGAAUCAAGAACAUACCAAAAAUCUGUCCACAUACCAAAGAGAUUUUGGGAAAGAUUAUUUCGAGAUCGUAUCAGUUUUGAAUUCUCUAGACCCAGAAGAAAUUAAAGCAUACGUGGAAAGAGCUCCUUAUCCUGAAAAACCCAUCCUUCAGAACUUCCUUGACAGGGUCAGUGGGAACAAGAAAUUCCAAAGGCCUUCCUCGUCGAAGAAGCCAGAAGAAAAUCCCGUGAAAUCUGUCUGAAUAGCUUUCAGGAGAAAAUUCAGCAACAUACUAGGAAGCUGAAUCACAAUUGAAUACCAUUGUGGUCUCUCUUUAUAGUAAACCAUUUGAAGAGCUACACCCAGCUUUCUUAUACUUCAGGUUUUCUUUUGAAAUUGUAAAAGAAUAUAUAGUACUCCCAUCUCACUGACCCUGGAAAUAUAGUAUGGAUUCAUGAACUUUCAAGAUGCUGCAUAUUCUAUGUAUUGCAAAUCAAAUCCUUUUACCGAGUUAAAGUGUUACUGAAGAUACAAUCUCCCUGUCCUAUUUUCAUUCCUUGU